AUGCAGCAACACCAAUACAUCCUAAGCAGUCUUUUACUGGCUGCCAGUGCUAUCCACGCGCAGACCACCACGCUGAACGACAUAUUCGCCCCGCCUGAUUCAUCCAACUCCCGAACCGACCUGUUCACUCCAACAAGCACUGGCAGCGACUUCUCCUCCUCUACCGCGUCCCCCUCGGUCUCGGGCACGCCAGCCACCGUCUAUUUCGUCGCGCUCGAAGGCACCGCCGUCUCCAUCGACCCAGAUGUCGAGCUCCUAGCCUCAGUCAUCGCAGCGGAGCCCUCAGCCACGACAUACCAUAUCGCGGAGAUCAUUGGCGGGCCUAAUGUGCAGUACCCUAUCAUGACGAUCGUCAAUGGGCCGUCUACAUACGGUCUUCAAUUCACAUCCCAAAACCUCCUAACAAUGGACACCCACUGCGCCAUCAGCUCCGGCAGCAUCGGCUGCACCAUUGACGCCAGUGUUGCCGGUACGGGAACUACCGUCACGACCACAUACGCCACCGAGGACAUUGCCUUUAGCGAGAUGCCCGUUACUAUCACGGGUGGGGUGGCGUUGGAGAGUCUGCCCAGCGAGGCGCCUGGUGCGGCCGCGGAGAGUAAUGGUGAUGGAGCGAGUGGGAGUGGGAGUGGGAGUGGGAGUAGUGAGAAUGGGGCUGCGAGGGUAGGGGGCGUUGGGGUGCUGGGAUUGGGGCUGGCGGCGGCGGCGGCGGUUUUGUUAGUGGGGUCGUAG